GUUAAUUUUUACUUUGUACAACGGACCGUUACCCACUUUAGUCAAAACCAUUUCACGAAUUCAUUUCUAAAGUUAUCCAACACUAGGAGGGUCUGCAGCCCUGUGCAUGCCUUGCCAGACCUCCCAUCACCACUUUUACAUUGUUUUUGCAAAGAAAAAAGGGGAUUGCAUAUUUCCUGCAAUUCUGAUGUUUAUUCCUAUAAAUUAAACAGAAACACAAGUGUAAACACAUAAGUAUACAAUGUGAGCUCAGCAGUAAACACUCACCUAAGCAAAGCAGUGCCAAAACCACAAGCUGGCCACCUACAGUAAAGCGGCACAACAAAAACAAAAACAACUUCGCAACAAUUUAAGCCAACAGUGAGAGGUGGAGAAUUCGAUACUCUUUGUCAAAAUAGCCUAGACCAGCAAAUUGAUCGAAAUGCACAAAAGCGCACCGCCUUGGAUGCGAGAGAACAUCAAUGCCACGACAGCAGUAGCAACGACACUGACAUCGGAAGCUUAUCAGAACGCACGAGAAUCCGAAACAUCAACAACAGCAGAAGUGAUAACGCUCAGAAUGUCUGCAGCGCCAGCAACCCCCUCCAGUAAUACUUACAACCGUACCCGCCCGCCCAAAGUCAUAUUGUCGCCAUCACUGCUGCUGCUGUUCUUGUUGCUCGCUUGGCGCAGCGGCGUAAACGUGGGAGUCACAGCAACGCACAUAUCUGGGGAAUUCCACACGGCGACCUUCUUCCAGUUCCUAAACAAGUUCGGAUUCCAGAAGGCCGACCCGCCACCACUGCGAGACACGUACGGCUACAUUUAUGGAAAUAUCACGUCGCAAGAUGCGUUUGUUGCACCCGUCACACUGGUUGUGCUAGACAAGGCCACCUUUGUAAACUUCUAUAGCAAUCGCACCUAUCGCAGUCACGAGCAUGCGUGUGCACGGAUGUUCUCCAAACUGCAGCACAUCGCAUACGACGCCGACUGCAAUAGACAGGGGAAACGGGACUUUCUACGUCGUGUGCCCUGUCCGCAGGGACAGCUAUGCGUCGAUGAAGAUGCGCCCGCUAAUGUCAUAACGGGACAUCAGUUUACAUAUGUCAUAAACUUAGAGGCACAGCCGCGUUUUUGGUACGUGGCGCUGGCCGCCUGCUAUCUCAAUCGCAGCACGUGUCAAUGGCAUGCCUAUGAGAACUUCCCCAGACGCAAUGGUAGCUCGCGGCGGCUUUCUGCUCGCCUGCACUACGACAUACAUUUGGUGAACGGGCAUCCAAAUAAUUCAGCAGUGCAUCCACUCACCUUUCAAUACUCCUACGAUCAGCAAAAUCUGCUGGAAAUGUACCUCAUCUUCUUGCUUGUCUACAUCGUGCUGCUGCCUAUGCAAAUCUAUGCGGUGCGUUUGCAAAAGCAUCCCGUGACGAAGCUCUUUACGCUCAGUCUGCUCAGCGAGUUUGUCAGCCUGGCACUGAUCACAGCGCAUCUAAUACACUUUGCCGCAAAUGGAGUGGGAGAACCCAACAUGCAGGCCGCUGGCGAUGUGCUAGACAUCCUCAGUCGCACCACGUUCAUGCUGAUCCUUUUACUGUUGGCCAAGGGCUGGGCGGUAACGCGACAGCAGAUUAGCCGCACUGGCUGGAUCAUACUCAUGUCCAUAUGGGUGCCAUACUGUGCGUUCCACAUCUUUCUGUACAUAUGGGAUAGGACGGAAGUAGACAUCGUAUCGGAUAUUGAUGAGUAUCAAACCUGGCCUGGCUGGAUAGUUUUAAUUUUGCGAACCUCUUUUAUGAUGUGGUUCUUGUACGAAUUACGCAACACAAUGAAGUACGAACAUUCCAGCAAGAAACUCGACUUUCUCCUGCAUUUGGGCGCCUCAAGUCUCGUUUGGUUCAUAUAUUUACCGAUUGUAGCGAUUGUAGCGCUGCAGGUUAGUCCCAUGUGGCGCUACAAGCUACUGCAGGGUAUUACCAACUCGGCCGACUGCUUGGCGUAUUGCGUGAUGACCGGCCUGCUAUGGCCCAACCGCUCGGGACAAUAUUUGCUGCUGGCGGGCACUAAAUAUGCUGGUAUGGACGAACUGGAUGAGUUCAAUGAGGCGCCACAUAUUGUGCGCGAACGCGAACGGCGUCGCAACUCGCCGCCCGAUGACAUUUCCAUUAGUACUUCCGUAUCGGGCAGUGGCCGCGGCAUGGUGCUGUCCACAAGCAUACCACACUCACUGAACGGUGACGCAUGCAAUGAUCUGCUAGAAGCCGAUGACUUAGACGUGGAGCUACUUACUGAUCUAAAUAAAAAUAGUCAUAUUGUGGCAUAGUUUGGCAGAGCUGUGGCAGGGGUAGUAACGGGUUAAUUACUAAUUAUAGCCUGUACCCAAAGGGUGAAAGGCUAUACUAGUUUUGUGCGCAUGUAUGUAACACAAAGAAGGAGGCGUGGCAGACCCCACAAAGUAUAUAUAUUCUUGAUCAGGAUG